AUGCCUGCCUCCAAGUCCCAGGUACGUCCAGCGACGACAGAUGGCGAGCACCAAACAAUCCUAGACAAACUCCCUACCCUCUGCCACUCACCCAAACAACUCGCAGACAACGGCUACCCCAUCGGUCCCCCGACAACUCCAAAGCCACAAACCCCCCGUCCCUCCAACAACGACGAUGUCUACUACUACUACGACUCCGACUCCGACAUCCAACCAAAACGCACCGUCCUCUCCCUAAAAUGCACUCUAACCUCCGGCUCCCUACACCUCGUCGCAAUCGACCCGCUAGCCCAUAAGCUCGAGAUAGACGAGAUCUUCGACGACGUUCUUGGCCUGGGAAGUCUGGAUUUGAAUGCUUGCGCUGAGGCAGCGCGGAAGGCGCUGUAUAAGGUUAUCGACCAGGAGACGAUCUUGCUUCUUCAUGCGGGCCAUGAGGACUUGGAGCUUUUGGGGGUUGUUCAUGGGAGGGUUGUUGAUGUGCGAAUUUUGACUGGCGGCGAGAGUUUGGGUUCGAGUGGCUCCAAUCUCCAGGCACAGCCUUUUGAGAUUCGUACGAUGCUGCUGCGGUUCUUGAAGCAGGGGUAG